AUGUCACUAGCAGAAUUUGAUGAGUUGAGAUGGGAUCAUUCUUGUGAUCGACUAGAUGUGCCAUCGAACUAUUUGAAACGCAAAGCGAGGAAAACGCCUUCUGGGCUUGAAGAACUUCGUAAAUCUAUGGUUUCGGCAACGAUAUAUGUCGGUAAUCUUUCUUUCUAUACAUCUGAAGAACAGCUAUAUGAACUCUUUAACAAGUGCGGAACUAUUGAGAGGAUUAUUAUGGGUUUGGAUCGUUUUAAGUUUACUCCAUGUGGGUUUUGCUUCAUAAUUUAUCAAACUCCUCAGGAGGCGCUAGCUGCGCUGAAGUACUUAUCGAAGACCAAGCUAGACGACCGAGAGAUUACUAUUGAUUUGGAUCCCGGUUUUGAAGAAGGCCGUCAAUUUGGCAGGGGUAAAAAUGGAGGGCAAGUAAGUGAUGAGUUGAGGUUUGAGUAUGAUGCUUCUAGAGGAGGGUUUUAUGUUCCUUUGGAAAACAGGAUUGGUACAGUGAAUAACUUUGGAGCAAGGCGUAUUCGUGAACCAAAUAAGGGACACUAUCAUCAUGUUCAUCACCAUCACCACCAUCACCACCAUCAACACCAUCAACAGCACCAGCAGCAUCAACAACAACACCAAACAGCAGCGGUAGCGGUAGCCGUGCCAGCUAAGGUGAAUCCAAUGGAAGUAGAGGAAGAGUUAGAUAGUUAUAUUCCAGGUCAAUGA